AUGGAGGCUGGUCUUCUCAUGAUGACCACUCCGUCGGAGAGCGUGCACGAGCUCCGAAGCGGUGAGAAUGCGCCAAUUGCGGCUGCAGAGAUUCGAGCCAACUCUGUGACGGCAAAACCGGCUAAUCCCGCAGAGCAGGAGAUGCAGAGCCUCGAGAAGGAGCCCCAACUAUCUCUCUCCGCCGAGAGCUGUGUUUCCCAGCAUAUCCUGGAAGCAUCGAAUGGCUCGGUGUUGGAGACAGCGGUGGGGCAAGAAGAGGACUUGAGAAGUCCACAAGGAAAUGGACAAAGUGUCAACAAGGCAAGGGAGAGGACGGAGGUGUGCGAAGGGCUUGCUGCUUCUCCGCCCGAGGAGCGGGUAGAAGUUUUUGCAGGUAAAUUCAAGGAUACUGGCAGCUUUGCUCCGUGGGCUACUGGUGCCCAUGCGUUUGCUUUUCAGCCAGGCCUGUCUAGCAUGGCCCUGCACGAUCUCCGCAAGGCAUGUGAGGAUCUUGGAUUGCCGAGCAACGGAAGCAAGGAGGCAUUGGUUAAUCGCCUCACAUUCGAGAUCGAAGCGGCCGCAACUCCUCCUUGCACGCAGACUCAGAAUGAAACCUGUCCUGGCUUGGGUGAUUUGGCCUUGCCAGACAGCCUGCCCGAGCCAGCGAUGGAGACUGCAGACCUCAUGGCCGCAGGCAACAAGGGUGUACUUCAACCCGAAAAUGUGCUUGAGUCACAAGGCAUCGAUGGGCAGAAGUUCGGGUCGCAAGGCGAGCAGGAAGCUGCCAAACCCGGCAUCUCAAAAAAGGUUGCGGAGGAAAGUGCACGUGACACUCAGGAAUCGCUGCCCGACUGGGUGCCUGAGCAAGGUUCAACAACAGAUGCAGCAGAGAAGCUCCAACAUGUGGAAAAAGAAGAUGCCAAAAGAAAAAUGCCUCCUCCACCGGUUCCCAACAAGGCAAAGAAGCCUCGCCGAUGGGAUGCGAAGAGGAAGGGGAAGUACAUUGAGGAGCUGCAUAAGCUGACAGUCAAGGAGCUUCGCAGCUCUUGCCGAGAGAAAGGAAUCGACAGCAAGGGAUGUAAAGCGAAGUUGGUUGAACGUCUGGUGGAAGUGGAGAUUCAAUCGACGUCCAAGGACGUGGAAGUGCCUUCUCCUGAAGAAAGUGGGCUUUGGAUUCCACCCACAAGGUCGCCGCUGCGGGGAGGUCAGGAGGCACUGCAAGCGAAACUUGAUGUGCAGGAGCAGGAGGACAGCCAUGCUUCCUCAUCGAUGCAAGCGGCCCAAGCGGCGGAUGCUGCGCGGGAAGUCGUGUCAUCCCUUGCGAAGAAGUUGGGAGCCUUGCCUUUGGCCGAACUCCGUGAUGCCUGCCGCGUGCGGGGUCUGCAGGCAUCGGGCGGCCGAAGCGAGCUCGUGGGCCGCCUUGCAGCUUUGGCGCCGCAGGUCCAGCCUGGCGAGUCACAAGAGACUCAACCUACCCCUUCGGCGGAAGAGGUCCCUGCCAGCAUGGAAGGCCUCUCCUUGGUGGCUUUGCAAGCUGCCUGCCGUGCUUGUGGCCUCAAUGCCGCGGGUGACACAGCGGACCUCACAGCCCGGCUGGCCGUGCAUGCGGCAUGCGAGGAGCCUCUUGGACCAGAGGAGGAGACCGAACAGUUGCAGGGACAGCAAAUUGUCGCAACACCAACCGCCGACUUAUCAGAGGCCGUGAUUGAACCAGAGCCCUCGCAGGGUCUCGAUGCUGCAAUUGCCGACGCAGAAGCGGACAGCGCCGACGGUGGCGGAGCUGGCCUACUUGUGCAGCCUUCGGAGGACGUGCACGUGAAGGAGAUGCCUGUCACGGAGCAGCUGGACUUGGUGCCCUCACAGCUCUCGAUUCCCGCGGCUCAGCCAGAUUGGCCUUGGCAUCCGAAGGGUGGGGCCAGCGGAUCCGAGACAGGAGUGAGAAGUCCAGUAGACCUUUGCGCGUCACAGCCGUUAGACGAGGGCUUUCGUGCAGGCCUUAGGCUGUUACACACAUCGGAGCUUCGUCAUCUUUGCGAGCAACGUGGUUUGGGCUCAACUGGUGAGAAGAGAGAGCUGCUGAACACGCUGCUGGUUCACUUUGCUUGUGCCCCCCAGCCCACUCCGACCCAGGAUGCCGGCAUUUGCAUCCCGCAGCAGCAUCGCCCUGCACCUGUGCAAUCCGCUCCGGCCACUGCCGCUGUUGCGACACGCCCUGCCACCAAGUCGAAGACGAAGGAUGCGAGCCCUCCGCCACCCAAAGUGCCACCGGAGCCAUGCAUUGAUCCGGAGGGUGCGAAAUCUACAGCAGCACAGAACAAAUUGCAAACAGAGCCAAAAUGUGCAGAAGCAAAGGUCCGCAAUGAAGCGCAGACAACUCUCGUCGAGGAGGUUGAGCAGUUGCAACCGCUAAAGCCCGUGCAGCGAGCACCUCUCGCUCAUCCCUCAUUGCUGCGACGCCAGCGUGGCCCCACACCAGCGGUUGCUCCCAAUUUCUCGGCACUUUGGCAAACAAUGUGUAAAUCACGGCCCAAACAGCGAAGCGAGGAUCCUGAGAAGGCUGAUGCAGGUGUCGGUCUCACAGUUCCCCCUCCUGGCAUGCUGCCGGCCCAUGUGGGAGACCGAUGUGUCAAAUCCCGGCCGACACGGUCGCGCCGACGGACGCAAGCUGUGGGCUCCUGCCAUGCCUGGACCGUUGCAGGUGCUCCAUGCCGCAAUGCUGGACACAUCAAACCUGUUGGUGCUCGCUUUGUCUACUGCGCUAGGCACAGUUCUCGCUGGCCACGUUUCGAGACCGUGGGUGUUGAUGAGUUGAAGCCGCGCCCCGACGACAGCGAUAGCAGAACCAGAAAGGGAGCUCCAGACGGCACCAGCAGCCUGCUCCAACAUCACCGGCUUGCUUGCCAAGAUGCCGCGGCGCCACAUGCCAGACAUGAAAGGAGAGCAAAAGCUUCGACAGCAGCAGCACCAGAGCCGUCAGUGGCUACUGCAACACCGGCAAAUGGCAUUCCCAGGAAGAAGCAAUCGGCAGCUCAGCUGUUAGCAGAGGCAUCGACGGGGAAGGCGUCCCACGACAAGGCGCCAAAGUCGGGGCAUGGUGUCUCAACGCGAGCGGAGUCUUCAGCCUGCACAUCUGGAGCAGUCGUUGCAGAGAAAGGCGCCGAGAAUUUGAACAGGAACGAGCGCAAAAGAGCCGCACCGAUGACAGAGGAGCGUCCUGGAAAAAGAGCCCGAGACAAGGCUAAGCUUCCCGGCCUCUCGCAGCUCAUCGGCCUUCUGCCGAGGCUGAAGGAGUCUUGA